GCACGCGCUUUACGAUCCUUCUCCUCGCCACGAGGCAUAGCAGCAGCUUAAGCCCAAGCCCUCUUUCAGGACUCUGAGAUGGCUUUUUGAGUGGUUCGCUAAUGUUGGUUGUGGGUCAAGAGUCGCGUGCUAGAACGACAAGACGCCAAGUCUACUGUACUCCACACCUCAAGACACCAGUGCUAGCAUGUCAGUCCUGCCAGGAACAGCAGCGCAUCUCCUAUCUCCAGGCUGGAAGCAGAUAAUUGCAUCAUGGCUCCAAGAAGAUGUCCCAGGUUUCGACUUUGGUGGUUUCGUGGUGGGUGAAAAGCCAGAGACUGCAACACUGUACGGUAAAUCAACCGGUGUUCUUGCUGGUGUCCCCUUCUUUGAUGAGAUAUUCAAGCAGCUCGAUUGUACAGUCGUUUGGCAUCUUGCUGAAGGUGAUGCAUUUGAAGCAGCCGAUACGAAAGCUGGUAAAGUUGCCGUUGCAACAGUCACUGGAUCAGCGAGACAUUUACUGCUCGGUGAACGGGUCGCACUCAACUUACUUGCACGCUGUUCUGGUAUCGCAACGAAGUCUAGACGAAUGCUACAGCUGGUACGGAAAGCUGGCUAUCAAGGCAUCUUGGCCGGUACGCGAAAGACAACACCGGGGUUUCGACUGGUUGAGAAGUAUGGUAUGAUUGUGGGUGGCAUUGAUGCGCAUCGUCAUGAUCUCUCGAGUAUGGUAAUGCUCAAGGAUAAUCACGUCUGGUCCAAAGGCAGUAUCACAAAAGCAGUGGAAGCAGCACGCGCUGUUGCUGGCUUCUCCGUCAAGAUUGAAGUGGAGUGUCGCAGUACGGUUGAAGCAGAUGAAGCCAUUACUGCAGGCGCGGAUAUCAUCAUGCUGGACAACUUCACGGGUGAGGGACUGAUUGUUGCUGCAGAAGCGCUACGGACCCAGUGGCAAGGCAAAGCGAGUUUCCUACUCGAGUGCUCUGGUGGUUUGACUGAAGAGAAUGUCUCUAGCUUCCUGUGCAAUGCAAUCGAUGUCUACUCAACCAGCUCGGUGCAUCAAUCCGUCCAGCACGUUGAUUUCAGUCUCAAGAUUGAUCAAAAGUAGUCGUGGAGAGGCCGUAGAAAUGCAAAUGUGAAUCAUAACGCUCGCUGU